CAAAUAAAGAUCUUCUGCAUCGUCAACAAUAAAUGUCAAGAAACACAAAAAAUAAUAAAAUGAAUAAAUAAGAAAGCAUAAAUCUUUCUCUACGAUGGGAAAACUCAUCAGUGUCACCGCAUCUCCUCCUCUCUGUGUCCGAUCAAAGCUCCUCUGUUUCUCACUUGUCUACUUACUCACCACACUUUCCCUGAUUCUCUACGUCUCUCUCUCAAGAAACCAAUGCAUCUUUCGAUACUCACCGUUCGAUCCGAUCCAAACAAAAAGGUUCUCGUUUCCUUCUUCUUACGGUGAACACAAAUACGCUUUUCCUACUCAUAGAUCUUCUUGCUCUUCCCCUGUUUUCUUCUCAGAUUACUGGACAGUAUUGAAUGAGAUACAUAGUAUCUGCAGAGUGUCAUCAUCAUCUGAAACUUUGAGAUACAUUCACGGCAAAAGCGAAACUUUCGGUGGAAACUUCAGUACCCAGAAGAGAUUUUCUUACUUUAAUCAUUCGAACAACGACGUCGAAGUUCCAUGUGGUUUUUUCAGAGAUUUCCCGAUCAGCAACUCCGAUAGAGUUGAGAUGGAUAAAUGUGAACUAGUAGUUGCAUCAGCCAUUUUCAACGAUCAUGAUAAAAUCAUACAACCAGUGGGACUUCGAGUUAAGACACUAGAAACCGUUUGUUUCUACAUGUUCAUAGACAACAAAACCCUAAACUCUCUCUCCCACCACAAUGUCAUCUCUAAAAACAAUCCGAAAGACUACAGAAUAGGCGCGUGGAGAAUCAUCAAAAUCUCAGAGUCAGAUAAUCUAUACCCUAAUCCGGCUAUGAACGGGGUUAUACCAAAGUAUCUAAUACACAGAUUGUUUCCAAACUCAAAGUUCAGUAUAUGGGUCGACACAAAGAUCCAGCUCAUGAUUGAUCCGCUACUUCUGAUUCAUUCCAUGUUGGUGAUUCCCGAGGUUGAUAUUGCGAUAUCUAAGCACCCCUUCUUUGUAAAUACAAUAGAGGAGGCUAUGGCUACUGCACGGUGGAAGAAAUGGGGAGAUGUUGAUGGGCUAAGGAUGCAAAUGGAGACUUAUUGUGAGCAUGGUUUAAAGCCUUGGAGUUCUCAUAAGUUGCCAUAUCCUACAGAUGUACCAGAUAGUGCGAUGAUACUGAGAACACAUGGAAUAAGAAGCAACCUUUUCUCGUGCUUCAUGUUCAACGAGUUAGAAGCGUUUAACCCGCGAGACCAGUUGGCGUUUGCGUUUGUGAGGGAUCACAUAAACCCUAUGGUGAAAAUGAACAUGCUUGAGGUCGAAGUUUUUGAGCAAGCAGUUGUUGAAUACAGACAUAAUCUCAAGAAUAUUAAGACAUCUUCGUACGAGGAGCAAGAAGAAGAACAGAAACAAGAAUCAUCGUUGAGAAUAAUAAAAAAAGAGAAGAAGAUGGUUAGAUAAUGAAUCUUGGUCUCUCAAUAGUAGUAGUUGUAAGAGUUAUCUCAUGGAGA